GUAUAUAAGCGGUUCGGUCGGAAUACUGGCAUCACACAUCAGCGAGCGUUCGAACAAACUAGACAUGGCCAAAUACAUCGUCGCCCUCGCCCUGCUGGGUUGCGCCAUGGCUGAGCCUCCAGUAGGCUACAGCUACUCCGCCCCCUCGUCCUCCAUCUCCCUGGGCUCCCUCAGCGGCGGCGGCCACUACCACUCCGUGCCCGUCGGCCACUCCGAAAGCGAAGGUUACUUCGUAGACCCUCAUCUCCUCCACAAAAUUAAGAACAUCCUCUUGUCUGAGGAGAUCAAGAACCAGGAAUACUCUGGCGGACACGGAGGACACGGACACGGACACGGACACGGCAUCUCCUCCCAAUACGGAGUCCCCGCCCCCGUAUACGGUGUCCCCAGCCAGAAGGUUGUUGGCAUUGAACUCGACCACGUCCAGCAAGCUAUCCAGGUCGCUCAGUACCACCAGGCUGAGGAAGUUUACGCCGGUGGACACGGCUACUACUCCGGUGGUCACGGUGGAUACUCCUCUGGUGGUCACGGUGGAUACUCCUCCGGCGGUCACGGUGGAUACUCAUCCGGUGGUCAUGGUGGAUUCUCCUCCGGCGGUCACGGAGGCUCCUCUCACUACACCACCAUCGGAAUCCCCUCUGGAUCUUACGGAGUACCCUCCGAGUCAUACGGUCACCCCCACUAAACGACCCAAAUUGUUAGUCAUCUCAUCUCAUUUAAUGUAAAUCAUGUGAUCGCAUCCUAGAUGUUAUUAUGUAUUAUAUUUGUUGUUAUAAGUUUCUGUAAAUAAAAACACAAUCUAUUUUGUA